GUGUACGACUUAGAGAUGAGGGUACAAAGAAGAUCCGUCGACCUUAAAACACUCAAACAACCCCCAACAACGAAAUAAAAUGCACCCAAAACCCUAGCUUUCAUUUUUGUGUUUUCCUUUCAUCACUCGCGGCGCCUCCACCAGAACACAAAGCUUCAGCCAUGGGUAUUGAUUUGAAAGCAGGAGGUAAGAGCAAGAAGACCCAUCGGACAGCCCCCAAGUCCGAUGAUAUCUAUCUCAAGCUCCUCGUCAAGCUUUACCGAUUUCUGGUAAGGAGGACCGGGAGCAAGUUCAAUGCUGUGAUUUUGAAGCGCCUCUUCAUGAGCAAGGUCAACAAGCCUCCACUUUCGCUCUCCAGGCUUCUUAACUUCAUGAAAGGAAAGGAGGAUAAGAUUGCAGUUGUUGUGGGGACUGUGACUGAUGACAUUAGGGUGUAUGACGUUCCGGCCUUGAAGGUUACUGCCCUUAGGUUUACUGAGAGGGCUAGGGCUAGGAUUGAGAAUGCUGGUGGAGAGUGCUUGACUUUUGACCAGCUCGCUCUGAGGGCUCCAUUGGGACAGAACACGGUUCUCCUUAGAGGACCAAAGAAUGCCCGUGAAGCAGUUAAGCACUUCGGUCCAGCUCCUGGUGUUCCACACAGCCACACCAAGCCAUAUGUCCGGUCAAAGGGAAGGAAGUUUGAGAGGGCUAGAGGAAGGAGGAACAGCAGAGGAUUCAGGGUUUAAGAUGAUUCUAGUGUUUCUAGUGUUUAAUUGUGAGGAUUGUGUUGUUUUUGACUAUUGCAAACCAAAUUUUUGCUAGACUUUAGGUUUCUUUCUCAUGUGUCUACUUAUAUCUGAUGAAUUGUUUGGAAAUCACUUUCUCUUUUAUAACAAAGCUCUGUCUGGUUAAAUUGAAUCUUU